UGUCUUAGUGCCGGUCACAGCACUAGAUUAAAAAAAGCAACGAAAAGUGGGAACUUGGAAGCAAAAAAAACCAUGUCGAAACGAAUGAAUGAAAUCAUUUUAAGAAACAAUUAUAAGCCCAGCAAGUUCGUGCAUAUGCAGAGAGAUUUCAGACUUCGGGAUAAAGUCGCACUCCGAAGAAAUAGACCAGGAGCUGCAGAAUGUAUUACUGAGAUGAGCGUCUUAAUGGCGUGCUGGAAGAAGAAUGAGUUCAAUGAUUCGGAUUGCACCGAAGAGAUCAAAAUCUUUCAUAGCUGCUGUGCCGAAGCUGAGAAAACUAAGAAAGCAGCAAUAGCGUCAGAGAAGAGCGGUAAAGUCGGGGCUGGGAAAAUGACCAGCAAGCAAGUGACAAGUCUCCUACAAAAGUACCCACAACCAAGGUGACCUGGCCAGUUAGUCGCAACAUGUAUAUAAGCAUUGAUUUUCUUGAGUAAAAACAGCAAUUUGUGAGUUGACCCCCCAGCAUGUAAUUUCUAUAAAAUUUGCCAGAAAAAAAUUACCAGCAAUUUGGACAUACUACCACUAUCAACUACCACUAUCAUUGUCUUAUGAUUUUGUACAUUGCGCAGUUAUGUGCUACUAAUGUAACUUCUAUUCCACACCAUGUGGAUGGUAUUGAAUGGUCAGACAGUUUGAGGUUUAAUUACUGGUUACUCAAAUUUUUACUUGCAUAUUGAGUUGAAAUGUCUCAUUAGAGCGCCAUCUAUUGGCAGGACUAGGAGAAGCAUGGCUUAUUGAAUAGACACAAUCAUCAAAUUUGAAUAACUAUCAAAUUGUGGUGUAAUGCCUCUUAAAGGUUGUCAUUCAUUUUUGGUUGAACUCGAUCGAUUCGCUGGUCACAGAUCAUAUCGCCGGCUCUGAUUGGCUAUAAUCGCAAAGUAAUGGCGCCCUCUGUGGCCAAGUCAUGAUUAGGAAACAAGACACUCAUCUCUGCUUUAUUGAAAUUCGGUCGAGGAUUUAAUUUUAAUGGCGGGACCGCAAAAAUGUUUGUUUGAAACAGUUGAGACGGAAUGUUUGAGAAGAAAGUCCUAUUCCUCCCUUUGAGGGAUUGAGACUAUUGUUAUCACAUUGAGACAAAAAUAUCUUCUUUUUUUCUGUCUGAGGAUAGUGUGAUUAACACUUGAUUUUAGCAAUUCGUAGACUUUUAUUGAUAGAGUGUAGUCAACUCUAGUUUGAAAUAAAUGCCACGGCUUGAACUACUUCUCUAAUAGCUUUUUAAGUUGUCUAUAGAACUGAUUUGACCUGCAAGUUUACUA